AUGUCUAAUCCAAGACACUUCGAAUCGUUUCAUGAUGGUGCUACAUUCCAUGAUGGCAGCAACAGCAGCAGUAGUAAUGGUAACCGAAUUUCCUUCCAAAGCACCUCAUUUGCCAUCGCAUCACCUACGCAUAACCAUGGUAAUAGGCAGCGAUCAGCUUCCGAUGCUUGGAGUCAUUACAGCGAUUGGAAAACACGUGAUGGCCUGAUGAAAAGUCCUAGGGAUCAUCAUUACCAGAAGCGCAAAUCUUCACUGUUCGAUGAUACUUUCAAGGAAAAGAAGCCAGCGUUAAGUCGGAUAAUACAAAUGAAUGACUGUGAUUAUUUACGGAGUAGCCGUUCGGAACCGUCCCAUUCAUGUAUUACAUCUGUUCGAGUCAAUGAAAUAGCUCAAUGUGAAAAUUUGCUGCGAAAAUAUAAUGCAUGUGAGCAGAUAGGGACAUAUGAUGAUCAUCGUGAUAAUCCGAAUUUAAACGGUUGUCGUUUGGAUUCACCCGAAUCACCAAGAGUUGGAGAUAAUGAUGAGGGAGAAGAGAUAGAAAAUCAGGAAGAACAAAAAGAAGAGGGCACUGAAAAGUCUUUUGAACCUGAACAUCAAAUUAAUGAAAAUGUGUUUAUUUGGAUCAGACAAUUCAAGAUGCUUUCUUCACCCGACCAAAUGGAUGCCCUUACCGAUUUAAUUGGCGAGUGUUCGUUGGACCAUAUUCGACAUUUACGUUCUGUGAUUGAACCUUUCUUUCAAAAAGAUUUCAUAAAGGAAUUACCAAAGGAGAUUGCAUUACAUGUUAUGUGCUUCUUAUCUCCUGCUGAUAUUGCUCGCAUAUCACUGACUUGUCGUUACUGGCGUAACUUAGCUGAAGAUAAUCGUUUAUGGCGGAAGAAAUGUGAGGAAGUGAAUGUCACAGCUAUGGAUGAGCCAAGUGAUCGAAAAAGUGGUGCAUGGGCAGAGACAGCUUCAACAAGCGGUAUUGAAAUUGUUGGAUAUCGUCCUGUCCCCACUUAUCGUCUUGCAUUGUUUGCUGGUUAUCAUCCGCAUUGGCUUCGGUAUUAUUCCGAUACAGAUGAUUCACCGAAAAAUGUUUGUUUAGCAAGAUCGAAAUGGAAAGCAUUGUACUUGCGACAUCAGCGUAUCUUGGCCAACUGGCGCUACCGUCCGCUUCGUGGAUCGUGUAUUUUAAAGGGACAUGAUGAGCAUGUAAUUACAUGUUUGCAAAUUCAUGGUGAUUUAAUUGUAACUGGUUCAGAUGAUAAUACGUUAAAAAUAUGGUCAGCUAGCAAAGCAGUGUGUUUGCAAACAUUAACGGGUCAUACUGGUGGUGUUUGGUCAUCACAGAUGUCGGAAGAUGGUAAAACUGUAACAAGUGGUUCCACUGAUCGAACAGUACGCGUAUGGUGCGUUGAGACGGGGCGAUGUUUGCACUGUUUACAAGGUCAUACAAGUACGGUUCGUUGUAUGACACUCAGAGAGGAGAGGCUUGUAACUGGAUCUCGCGAUACGUCAAUACGUUUGUGGAACAUCAAAGAUGGUACAUGCCUUCGUACUUUGCAAGGUCAUGUAGCAGCUGUACGUUGUGUUCAGUUUGAUGGUGUACGUAUUAUAUCUGGAGCAUAUGAUUUCUCCGUCAAGGUUUGGGAUGCAGAAUCAGGUAGAUGCUUGCACACUCUAACUGGCCAUAGUAAUCGAGUUUAUUCAUUACUGUUUGAUAGUGAAAGAGACAUAGUUGUUAGUGGUAGUCUGGAUACUACGAUAAAAGUGUGGAAUAUUCGUGAUGGAGUAUGUACGCAGACUUUAACUGGCCAUCAAUCUUUAACAUCAGGCAUGCAGUUAAGAGGCAAUACUCUCGUUUCUGGGAAUGCCGAUAGUACAAUCAAAAUUUGGGAUAUCAUGGAUGGACAAUGCAAGUACACAUUAUCUGGUCCUAAUCGACAUGCUUCCGCUGUCACCAGUUUGCAGUUUCUUGAAAAUGGUCUAGUCGCAACGAGUAGUGACGAUGGUUCGGUUAAAUUGUGGGAUGUCAAGCAGGGUGUGUUCGUGCGUGACCUAGUUAGGCUUCGUUCUGGCGGUUCCGGCGGUUGUAUCUGGCGUUUAAAAUCGACACCAACAAUGCUAGUUUGUGCUGUGGGUUCACGUAAUGGUACGGAAGACACAAAACUAAUAUUGCUUGAUUUUGAUGCCGAUUACCCGUAAAUAUUGAGUGCUGAUUGUAUCCUGGGCAGUGUAUGGUCCUUAUUUUCUAGGCUUAAUUCCGAUGGAUGUAUGUUUCUUUUUCCUCUGCAUUUUAUAGUUGUCUUGCAUCUAAAUGCUUUUUAAUAUAAUUGUAGAAUUGUUUUGAAUAUUGCUACAUAUUUUCGACCUAUUCCACUUUUUCAAAUCUUCGGUUAUUUCCCAGAUGUGUAAGCGG